UCAAAGAAAAGAAAAAUAACAAUAUUUUGCCAUUGAUAAAAAGGAACAUUUUUAGAAAAACUACGGUGGUGUCGCUGGCAAAUCUUGUAAAUCAUGUUACUAUAAAUCUUGAUUGAUUAUAAAAAUAAAAUAAAAUAAAUCCAAACCAACCUCCACUAUACACUUGAAACUCCAAAAAUUAUCAUCGAGGAGAAUAAAGGAGAAGAUGAGAUAUGGCAUUUCGAGAAGGAAGCGAUCUUCUGUGCGGUGGUUUCUGAUUCUCUGCGCAGCCUUUACUUUCAUCAGCUGGCUUCUCCUCAAUCUAAGAUCCGUCGAUGCACCGCAUUUGACGACGGCCGCCGAUGAAGCAAUGCUGGGUUUGCCUGCCCAACUAGCGCUCAGGGAGCUUAGGGACGCCUUUUUUUCUUCUUCUGCCCAGCCGCCCACGAAAUCUCCCGCCAAGAACUGUGCGACGGUGGAGGAAAUGGGUAAGGUUUUUGAAGGCAAGAUUUUGAAGGAGACUCGUAGGGUUCAAAUCAUUAUUCAACGUCACUUUUCUAUAAAUGGCGCUCCAAGAAUUCGUGAGCUUCCUCCAGAGCAGUUCUGUAAACACGGGUUUGUGAUAGGGAAAGCGUCCGAAGCUGGUUUUGGGAAUGAAAUGUAUAAGAUAUUAACUGCUGCAGCAUUGAGUAUAAUGUUGAAUCGGUCGCUGAUCAUUGGGCAAACCAGGGGUAAAUAUCCUUUUGGGGAUUACAUAUCGUAUUCCAAUCUCACCUUUACCUUGAGAGAAGUGAAGCAUCUAUGGAGACAACAUGGCUGUGUAGAAAAUUAUGGAAGGCAUCUGGUAAUGAGGAUUGAUGAUUUUGAGAAGCCGGCAAAAACAAAUGCUCUGUGUGGCAAUUGGAGGACAUGGCCCCAACCUAUUAUAUGGUAUCAAGGUACCACAGAUGCAGUAGGAGCUCAAUUCUUCUUGAAGAACAUACAUCCUGAUAUGAGGGAUGCUGCAAUUGAGUUAUUUGGAAGACCAGAAUCACUUCAAUGGCGACCUAAUGUAUUUGGUGAACUGAUGAGCAUUUUGAUUUCUCCUUCAAGAGAUGUUGAGGAAGCAGUCAAUUGGGUUCUUGGUGGUGGUAGGGAACCUGAUAUUACAUUGCACAUGCGGAUGCUUAUGAAUAGGUCUAUAAGAUCCGCACAGGCUGCAUUAUACUACCUCAAACGAGCAACAAGCAACUUACAGCUGGGGUCAAGACCCAGGGUGGUUGUGGUAUCUGAUACCCCAUCUUUUGUUAAAAGCAUUGUACCAAAUAUAAGUGGAUUUGCUGAGGUUCUUUUUUUUGAUUAUGAACUUUUCGGAGGCAAUAUAUCAUAUAAUACUGAUGCAUCGAAAAAUUUGGACUUUAGAGUGAAAGAUUGGGGUCCGGCACCCAGAUGGGUUGCUUUCGUGGACUUUUUUCUUGCAUCUCGCGCAAAACAUGUGGUUAUUUCUGGGGCACACAAACGUGUUGGGACUACAUACUCUCAGUUAUUAGCUGCACUAGCUGCAGCAAACAGUAUAGGGGAAAAUUCGACAUCUUCAAGUUUUUCUUUCCUAAGCAGCUUCCAGAGUAAUUUAUUGGCAGAAGGAUUGAAUCUUCAAGUGGGAUGGGGGCAUGUAUGGAACCGAUUCGCAGGGCCGUUGAGUUGUCGGGGGCAGUCGAAUCAGUGUGCUUUCAUGCCACUUCUACCUCCGGCAUGGUGGGAGGGGGUUUGGCAAUCGCCCAUACCACGUGAUAUUAGCAGGUUGGAACAAUACGGUGUCCAACUCUCGGAGAAUGGAAGAAUAGAUGAAAAUCAACUUCGUUCAUAUUGUAGUGCUAGGAAAAAUACUGUGAAAACUGUUACAUACGUAUAAAGAUGUAAUUGCAAUUCUUUGCGUCGUUGUAUACAUUAUUUUUGAGUUAAUUCAUCUCAUAUUCUAGGCAGACACCUGGAAAUCUUUGCUAA